GCGAGUUCUGGGUGGUUAGGUUCCAGUCCCCUCCCAAUUUCCGUUGCGGAUCUUGAACGCUUGACGCGAGUGUUUACCCGAAAGAUUCAUGAUCUUAUUGGAAUCCACACUGAUGUACCAGCACCAGAUACGGGGACAAAUUCGCAGACAAUGGCAUGGAUAUUGGAUGAAUACUCGAAAUUUCAUGGUCAUUCACCUGCAGUUGUUACUGGAAAACCUAUUCUUUUGACUAAUAUGCUCGAUAUUUUAGUGAUACUUGCAGCUCCUGACUAUUUGUUUGUUAGCUGCAAUUGAUCCUAGCUUGACUAAUCUCAGGGCUUUGGGAAUGUGGGUUCGUGGGCAGCACGACUCAUCAGUGAAUUAGGAGGGAAGGUUGUUGCUGUAAGUGAUAUCAGUGGAGCGAUAAAAAACAAGAACGGACUUGACAUUGACAGCUUACUGAAACACGUCCAAGAAAACCGUGGAGUAAAAGGUUUUCAUGGUUCAGAUGCAAUAGAUUCCGACUCAAUAUUGGUUGAGGAUUGUGAUGUGCUAAUCCCUGCAGCCCUUAGUGGCGUUAUUAACAGGGAGAAUGCAAAUGAAAUCAAGGCCAAAUAUAUCAUGGAAGCAGCAAACCAUCCGACUGAUCCAGAAGCAGACGAGCUGCAUGAGGACUUUCCAGCAAUUGAAGAGAGAAUAUGCGACUCUGAAAAGGAAACUUGA